GCGAAAACGGAAACGCCGAUGCGUCUGCGCCGCGGCACUGUUGCCAUGCGAUGGGUGGGUUUCAUGGCCGUCGUGCCUGCUUCGAUCCGUGCCAUGUGCUCGAAUGCGUGUUCCGGGCAUGGCUUUUGCAAUGCGUUCAACGUGUGCCAGUGCACGUCGGGGUUCACAGGAGGCGACUGCUCUCUUCGGACCUGUCCCGUCGGGAAAGCGUGGGGCGUGAUAACAGCCACCGACACCGCGCACCAACCCGCCGAAUGCUCUGGUCGCGGGAAUUGUGUUUCGUCGUCUGGUACAUGCAGUUGCCAGAACGGGUUCGAAGGCAGCGCGUGCCAACAUGUCAUCUGCCUCGAAAGCUGCUCAUCUCGUGGACGCUGCAUCACGAUGGAGCAACUGGCGGGCGAUGCCUUGACGGCGCUGAACGCGCUCGACAAGCCCCCGUUCGAGUACUCUCCAUACGCCAUGUGGGACGCCGACAUGCUGCGCGGUUGCAUGUGCGACGAUGGCUAUGGGGGCUACAACUGCCUCGUCGAACGGUGCUCGGGCGGGGACGAUCCGCUGACGACGGGGCAGACGGAAGAGAUCCAACUCGUGUCGUGCGCAGCGUCGUACUUGCAACACACGAUAACGUUCAACUACGACACCACACCGACUUCCGGGACGUUCGUGCUCGAGUUUGGGCGGCUGCGAACGAGCCCGAUCAGUGUCCACGCGGCGGCGGCGAAUGCCCUUGGGACGUCCAUGACGGAAAUGCUCCAAACGUUGCCGACGAUUCCAGCGGUGACUGUCGUGCGGCGGACGACGGCGUUUGCCACGUUCUGGGACGUGACGUUUGCUCCGUCGAGCGUCGAGCAGCACAGCUUUCAGCCGCGAUGGAGAGCGGUCGAAGUCCAAUCGUUCUUUUGCGCGGCCGACUCGGGAUUCCUUACCCUCGCGUACAACAAGUUUCUGUUUGGCAAUAUCCCGUCGACCGCGCUGGCAUCCGAUUUGAAGCUGCGACUCGAGUCCAACCCCAAGCUCGCAGUAGUCGACGUCACGUACAGCUCAGGCACGACGCUGUGCCGAGCGACCGGCAAUCAGAUCACGAUUGCGUUCCAACUGAUGCGAGACCGCGACGUCGUCGGUGACGUUCCCGAGCUUGUCAUCGACGCGACCAACCAAGGCCAGCGCAAUGGCCUGUUCCUUGGCGGGUUGCCUCCCACUGUCGACGCCGUGGCGACCGAACUCGUCAAGGGCAUUGAUACGUGUCACCGAGUCGAAGUCCAGCGCCUCGUGUGCUGUGCCACGUCGGGCUUUUUCAGCCUCACGUUUGAGGGACGAACCGUGUCGAAUCUGCCGUUUACGAUAGCAGCCGCCGACUUGCGAUCGAGUUUGCUCGCGAGUUUUCCGACUCUUGUCGACAUUGACGUCACGUACUCGGUGGGGUCGACGACGGCGUGUGAUGCGGUCGGGUCUGGCACGGCCAUUACGAUUGCAUUUGUUGUGGUCUCGACCAACGGGCCCAGCGGGAACGGCGACUUGGCCGCGAUCACGGCCGAUCGCACCAACGGAGGCACUUCCGGGCUUGUCCAUGCAUCGCCAAAUCUGCUCCAGCUCACGGCAACGGCGGUCGAAGUUGUUAAGGGCGCGCGAUGUGUGCCGCUCAGCUCGACGUUUGUCGCGGCCCCCACGCGGCAGAUCACGGCCACGGUGGUGCAGGGGGGAGGCGAAUUCAGUUUGGGCUUUCGCGGCCAAAGCACCGGCCCGAUCCCGGCCACGGCCAGUCCAGCGCAAGUCGCGGCGGCGUUGACGAGACUCCCUGCCAUCACUGGCAUCGACGUGGCGUUUACAACUGGCGAAGCAUGCGCGACGCCGGCCAACGUGAUGCAGCUUACGUUCACGCAGGAGUUUGGCAACGUCCCGACCAUGACGGCCGAUGCUCGUGGGUCCCCCGCCGUUGUUCAAGUGUUUGCCAGUGGCGCAGUCGACCCCGCGACGUCCCUGGCGUCCGUGGACGGAACGAAAGAAAUGAUCGAGUGUUCCGGUCGGGGGACAUGCGACUAUAGCAAGGGCGGCGCGUGCAAAUGCUACACCGGGUACAUUGCGAGCAACGGGCGCGGCCAGCCUGCCACGUCAUUGAUUCGACGAGAUGACUGCGGCGCCAUGGCCAUCACGAUCGCGAGCUGUCCGGGCGAUAUCCCUUGCAGCGGUCAUGGCACGUGCUCCAACGAACCCAUGUUCAAGUGCACGUGUGCGGUCGGGUGGCGCAAUGGCGACUGCUCCGAACGCGUGUGCCCGUUUGGGCUGUCGUGGUUUUCAUACCCGGCUGACCAUAACGUCGCCCACCGCGACUUUGCCGAGUGUUCGAACGUCGGCUUGUGCGACCGGACGACCGCGCUGUGCCAGUGCUCGGCGCCGUAUGUAGGGCCGGCGUGCAACUUGAUGGGGUGCGGUGGCAGCGGGGCCGAGUGUUCGGGCCACGGGCGAUGCAUGACGUUGCGCCAGCUCGCCCCAGAAGUGCGCGUAAACGGCGUUGUUGCCGGCUUUACGUUUGGCGACGACCCCAACAACCCGUGGACGUGGGAAGCGGACAAGAUUCAGUCGUGUCUGUGCGACCCGCCAUUCGUCGGCUACGAUUGCUCCCUCGUCGACUGCCCCCAUGGCGACGACCCCAACACGUACUUGGAUGUCCAAGAAAUCCAGCACGUGCACUGCGUUGCCACGGGAGGCUCGUUCACCCUCACGUUUCGAGAACAAACCACGUCGCCGAUUGCGUGGGACGCCAGCGCUGCCGCAGUCCAAGAGGCGCUCGAUGCGCUCUCGACCAUCGAAAGCGUGGUCAUUGCAUUCAGCGGGUCCAACACCGCCGUGUGCACACCCGGAGGCGUUGUCACCACUGUCCGUUUUGUGUACGAGUUGGGGGCGCUGCCAUGCCUCCAACCCGACAAGACCCAGCUCAUGGACACCGUCCAAGGCGAUGGAACCCCCGGCACAGGCAUGGUCAACAUCAACUGCGCGGGGUCGACCUUGAUGGGGCAGUACGUGUCGGUGGUCGGGACCCGCGAAGAUGCCGUGUGUUCGAACCACGGCCAGUGCGACACUCAAGUUGGUGUGUGCCGGUGCGAUCCGUUUUUCGCCAGCAGCGACGGUCUUGGCGGCCCCGGCACGCGCGGCGACUGUGGCUUUCGCACGCACUUGGCCAAAGGGUCAGGCGGCGGCAGCAGCAGUAGUUGAGGGUUGUGGCUCCUCGUAAACGCUCCCAGUGCAUGUGUCGAUGUGGCCGA